AUGCGUGCAAUGGUCGAGCGGUCGGCGCCGACGGAGCGGAAGGAUGCGACGGGCGGGAUGAAUCGGGUCAAAGUGGUGGUGAUGCCGGCGCGAGUGGCGACGAGCUGGGAUCGACCGGCUCCGCCCGAGGUUGUCGCUCUUGACGAGGUGGUGCAGAUCGAGCUGAGGCAAAGAUCGCGGCCGUUUGUGGCGGCGACGAUCCGGAAGCCCGGUGAGACUGAGGGUCUGGUGAUCAAGAUGCUUGUGGACACGGGGGCGUCGAGGACAGCCAUUCCACGGAAGGUGUUUGAGUCGCUCGGGGCACAGAUUGUCGGCACCCGGACGUUUACCCUGGGCUCAGGAGCCAAGCAUGAGCGGCCGAUUGCACGGGUGGAGAUCGAGAUCCGAGGCUCGGUGGUCAAGGCAGACGUUGGGGUGCGCGAGGGCAUGUCGCAUGGACUGGUAGGCAUAGAUUGGAUCAUGGCUGUCUGUCCGGAGUUUGUGUAUCGCACCUAG